AUGGGACAAUCUUUCCAAUUAGCAUUGACUAUGCGACAACGCCUCUAUCACUUCGUUACCGGUCUACAAAUUGUCUGUAGUUUUAUAUCAUUAUUGAUAUUAUGCAUUGCACUACCUGUUUUGUAUAAUAAUGUUCAAACAACAAUUGAUUAUGUCGAUAGUGGAAUGCAAUUCUGUGAACAUUCAAACGAAGAAGCACUAUUGGAAGUAGAACGAGGGAAAUCUUAUAUUGCUUCAAAUAGGACAAAACGUCAAACUUAUGACCAGAGCGAUGAUUUUCAGACCUUCAAUCCGUUCCACAGAAAUUCUAUGCUGGAUGCAGUGACCGGCAUACCAAUCGAAACGGAAUGUCCAGGUUGCUGCAUUCCUGGCCCUCCAGGACCACGUGGUCCAGGGGGCACACCCGGCAAACCUGGAUCUCCAGGACCAGCAGGAAAACCUGGAAUUCCUGGUACAACUCCGAACCAAACAUGCCCGAUGCAAAUAAAUCGACCACCUCCACCAUGUCGUCCGUGUCCUAAAGGUCCUCCGGGCAUUAAGGGGUGGCCUGGAUUUCCAGGCGAUCCGGGUCCAGUUGGAGAACCUGGAGCAAGAGGUAAAGAUGGCAAAGACGGUGAGCCAGGUGAGCCGGGACCACAAGGUCCGCCAGGUUUUCAAGGUGGCCCUGGCGUACCAGGUGAAAAAGGUCCAACACCAGAAAGUGAACUUAAGGAAGGCCCGCCUGGAGACCCAGGGCCAGUUGGACCCGUUGGUGCUCCUGGUCUUCCAGGACUACCUGGUCGAAAUGGAAUGACAGGGCCACAAGGGGAACGUGGAUGGCCAGGUUUACCAGGCGAGCCAGGUGAACCCGGAUAUCCAGGUCCGGAAGGUCCGGCAGGUGAACAAGGACCUCCAGGAGAACCGGGAAUAUGCGUUUGUCAGAAUGUUGAUUCAAUUGUUCUCGUGAAUCCAUCUGCAUCUCAACCUCGGAUAGCAGAACGUGUGCAAGCAAAUUAA